GUAUAGUACGAUACAUCUUUUUUGACUUUGUCACCCGGCAGGCACGUGAUGAAAUCGAUGAAAUUUUAAUUUACCAAUCAAACCAUUGAUCAUGAAUCACUGAUUUUGAAAGUUUCUCAUUAUGGAAGAAAAUAAUGAUAAAAUACGCCGUUUAAUUAUAGCAUCUUUUUAUAUUGUUAUUUUAUUUGGUUUACCUUUAUGGUGGAAAACUACUGAAGUAUAUCGAGCGCAACUACCUUUUGCUGAAAUUGAAGAGUGGUCAAAUUGGGAGGCAUUUGAUCUUGAGUUUCCAACACUCUUUAUAAUUUAUGUUGCUAGUGUUGAAUCAAGUACAAUUAAUUUUGCAAACUUAUCUUCAAAUUUGGAAAAUUCUAUUGCAUCAAGAUACAAUGUCGAUAAUUUUAAAGCAAGCAAUGAAAAAUAUCAAAAAUCGAUGCAAUUUCCAGUUAAAGUAAGAUCAUUAGAUUGGAAUAAUUGGAGAAAUGGCCUUCAAUAUGGAAAUCUUGAAAAAUUAAAUGUGGUAAGUGAAAAUGGACAAUAUAUACUUUACAUUUUGCCAAGUACAAAUUCAAAUCCAAAUACCAAAGUUUUGGUGGGAAAUCAAAGACAAGCAGUUAUAGAAAUAAAUCAAUGGGAUAUAAAAGUAAUUGAAAAAACAGUUUCUGAUCUCAUAGUUAGUUUGUUCAUGCCAGAACAAGCUGCGAUCAAAAAAUUUAUAAUGGAACCAUUAUCGAAUUCAAAGGUUGAAUUAGAUAGCAUGAGAACAAUGAAAUAUUCACCACAAUAUCAAGUAACAUUUAGUCUUAUGAAUGGAGAUCCUUCAGAUUUACUUGUAAAUUGGGAUAUAGAGGAGGCAGUAAAUAAAUACCUGCAACUGUUUGUUAAUAAAAUUUCCGUGAUUUCAAAUUUGACAGUAGAUUCGCAAAUUCAGCAUUAUGCAAGAUUAACAUUUGAGCCAUUUCAUAAAGCAGAUGAGAAUUAUUUUUAUUUGACACCGGAAUUGCUGCCUCAUUUCAUAAAUGCAGCUGAAUGGAAUCUUGCAUCUGCUGUAUCAUCAUAUCCAACACUGAACUUUAUUUUGUAUGUUCCUUCAAAAGAUCAAAGUCCAUUGUAUAUUCAAGAUUCUAAAGGUAAUAUUAUGGAAAGCAAUGCCUUUUUAAUACCAAGAUGGGGCGGAGUAAUUAUUAAAAACCCAGAUCGAUCUACUGGAGCCCAUAAUUUUUCACUUGAGGAAUUAAAAUCAAUCAUGUCAAUAUUUAUAACACAACUAAGAGGAUUAUUAGGCGUUCAUGAUGUUUGGACUGAAGCGAAGCAUGCCUUGGAUGUUACAACUAAUAUUGAAUUUGUUACACCUCCAAAUACAGCAGUCACAAUGUGGGAGUUUGACAGUUUAACAAGGAGACGUAUAGCGGAAAACAUUAUAACUUCGAUAACAACAUUAAAAUCAUUGUCGCAAUUAGUAACAGAAAUUCCAAAUAUGGUUGUAUUAGAUCAUAUUCAAACUGAGGUUUUUUUGGCAUUGGAUAACUUGGCAAAGUCCUGUGCAAAUUUGCAUAAUAAUCAAUAUAAUCUGGCAUUAUACCAUUCAAAAAAAGCAAUCGAACUUGCUGAAUCUGCAUUUUUUGAUCCUACAAUGGUAUCAAUGCUCUAUUUUCCAGAUGAACACAAAUAUGCUAUAUAUAUGCCUUUAUUUGUUCCAAUAUCUGUACCUUUACUUGUUGCACUUCAUAGAGAAAUUAAAAGUUUUAAAGAAAAUAAAAAAGCUAUUAAAUAGAAAUAUUUUGAUUAUUAAAUAUUUUAAAAUAUAAAAUAAAAAUAAUUAUAUUAUAAUUUUGUAUAAAAUUAUAUAAAAUUUGAU